AUGGACGAUCCUGAAGUUCAGUCGAGAAGGAUAUUCCAGUCUCUGAAGGCAGUGUGUGUCCCAUUGCUUGGGUCGGCCGUGUUGACCCCUACCUCUAUCCCAACGGUUUCGAAACUCUUAGGCGACCUGAUUCUUGCUUUGCGAACCAUCAAAUCCUCUGAGUUUGUCCUUUCGGAAUCACUAAUAUCCUACACAUUCUUUCCCGUCUCAACAAUCCUCCAACGCAAUUCAUCUACCGUUAUUCCAGACCAGAUUCUGGAGAAGAUAUUCGUGGUGCUAGGAAUUAUCUGCGAUGAUUGGUGGUGGUUCUGCGAGGUGUCAAUUUGGCAGCAGAUAUUCAUGUUGUCGGGAGCGGUAUUGGGAGGAAUGGAAGGGAAUGGGAAAGCAAAAGAACGAGACGACGAGACAAAGGAGGCAGCGGCGAAAUGUCUCUUCGCCCUUUUGAGAGUUCGCACUGAACACGACGAGCGGAUCCACUCCGAUUUUGCCGAGCCACGACUUGCUCUUUUCAAAGAGCACGCUCGCACGGAAAAUUUUGUUCCAAUAUUAGGGCAGACCUUGAACUCACUUCUCAUCAACACGGAUUCUCGGACGCUUUCCCUACAGAACACUUGUUUGGACGUAAUUCACCUUCUCCUCUCAGCAUAUUUUCCCGACAGUCUGUUUCCCUCAGUACUCCCGGGUGUUGUCAGUACAACCACCAAGUUGGCGUUGGGCACGGCGCGUAAAGGCUGGGCCAACGGCGAUCUCGUUUCGAAAGCUCUUGGAGUCCUCUCGGAGAUUGUAGUGCGCUCCAUCGCUGAUGAUAUCUGUACACAGGAAGGGGCGGUCACAUCGGUCGAGGAUUUGGAGGAUGUGAUAAAUUUGGUUUGUGAUCCCGAGGCAAAAAGUCCGCCAACGCCGGCGCCGAAUACAAAAUAUGCCACCCCACGCACACCUUCGUGGCUUCGUGGAACAUCAUCCCAGUUACAUAUCGCCCUCAACACACUUACCCCACUUGUUAAACAUCCGACCCCGUCUGCUCUCAUUGCCCUAUCUAAACUAUCAUCGACCAUACUUUUAGCCACGUCGACAACCCUACCUCAAACACAGCCGCUUUUGUUAUCAUUUUUGCUCUCUCUUUCCAUUUCGGACUUCCCCUCGGUCUCAAACGAAGCUCAUACCACCUUGCUGGGCCUUCUGUCUUCAUGGUCUAAGCAUCACCACGCGUACAUGCGGACUCUAAUGCUACUCACGCGAGAUAAUCUAACUGCUCUUCCAAGACUGCUCCCGCUUAUGGCAGAUGCGAAAGUCGAGCAUGUUGCAGGCCUCAUCGAGGCCGUGUGCCGUCUGUCGUCCGGCAAGGAAGGCCAAACAUCGCCGCAGAACCCAAUUUCUAUCGAACUAGGCCGACUCCUGGGGCCUACCGGUAGCGUCGAAAAAUGGGGCUGGAAUCUGCUUUCCGUUAUAGAGUUCGUCGAUCCCCCAGUUACUAUCACCAAAACCUCAAGCGCCCUAUUGAUGCUUGAGCAUGAUUCCGAGCAAAACCAAUGGGUAGCGUUUCCAGAGGUGAUCUUCAGGAAUGUCUCGUUGAGAAGCACCUAUGAUGCCCUGGUUAAAAUGUUCCAUGCCCUUGGACGGACAGCUGGUGAUGGCUGUCUGUUUACCAUUGAAUGGUUCGUUAAUGUAGGACAGAGCGGAACAGGUAGCAGGUCCGUCGCAGCCUUGUGGUGCGCCUGUAGACUGCUUGAAGGAGCGGCAAGAGUUUCUCUGUUUUCAUCGGCUCUCGACUCUCCUAAAUAUACGACGAGUAAGCGACUGGAAAAACUUGCUAGAGCACUUGCGAGGAGCACCAGUCAGAUAUGGGACCAGCCAGACGUCGACGCUAUGGAAGAAAGCCCCAGCUCGUAUGACCAAGAGGAUGUCCAGGCCGAAGUUCAACACCGUCAAGGUGUUAUUCCGGUCAACGAAACUUUACAUAUUUUGCAGUCGCAUUCUCAGGCUACAAAGCCAAGGGCUAUUUCGCAGCCGAUGCUUCAUAGAGCGAUGCUUCUUCAGCUUUUAUCCAUCACCUCGGGCAUCCUCCAGGCUCGGUUUGCUACUCUCUUCAUACAAACUUUGUAUCCCGUUCUACAUUCUUUGGUAUCGUCCAAUUCACAUCUAUCAAGUACUGCUCUGGCGGCUUUAAACUUCAUAACAACCAACACUUCCUACGCCUCCCCCGCAAAUUUACUACUUUCAAACUUUGACUACAUCUUGGAUUCGGUCUCCCGUCGGCUAACCCGCCGUUGGCUUGAUGUGGAAGCUACAAAGGUCCUCGUUGUUAUGAUACAGCUGGUGGGCGAUGGUGUCGUUGAAAAAGCAGGAGACGUGGUUGAAGAGUGUUUUGAUCGCCUCGACGAAUAUCAUGGAUAUGAGGUACUCGUGGAAGGUCUGAUUGAGGUUCUGUCAGAAGUAAUGAAGGUUAUAAAGAUGGAAGAAGUCGAUGUUGCAGAGGAUAAGCGGGACAGAUGGGGCCCUCGCGAUGAUCGCCAGCCGUCCAAUGACUUUUUUAAUUGGUUUGAACAUCGGAACGAUCCACCAGCAGAGGAAGAGGAUGUUGAUUACGGCCCAGCGCCCCGAGAGGCGUGGGGCGAUAAGAAGGGAAAGGGCGUAGAAGAUCAAGAACAGGCUGAGGACACACCCGCGGCAGCUGCAGAUUCGACAGAGGAGUCACCUCCCACACCUAUACAAGCACUAACGAAGCAAAUUGUCUCUCGAUCGUUGUACUUUUUAACCCACCAAUCGCCCAUUAUACGAGCUCGCAUCCUGACACUCUUAGCAUCAUCAGUAGCUGUCCUACCCGAAUCUGCUCUCUUACCAUCGAUACACUCCGCCUGGCCUUUCAUACUCAAUCGACUCUCGGAUUCAGAGUCUUUCGUUGUCAGCGCCGCCGCCUCGCUGGUAGAAGCCUCGGUUACCCACGUCGGCACUUUCAUGUAUAGGCGCGUUUGGGAUGAUAUUUGGCCACGUUUUCGGCAGAUGCUGGAGAAGUUAGAUGCGGCGGAUGCAUCAAGUGCGUUGUCUCGGAGGAAAUACGGAGCUGUGGGUACGGAAUCAGCGUAUACGCAUUCUCAUCGCAUCUAUCGGAGCCUGUUGAAGACAAUGACUGCCUCAAUGCAUGGGGUCGAUCCUAAGGACACUUCUGUAUGGGAGGUUAUUCUGGCCUUCCGCCGGUUUUUGGACUCACGAGCGCACGACGAACUCCAAGGUUGUGCAAGAGAACUGUACAUUGCCGUCGGCUACAACAAUGCGGAUGCUGUUUGGCUUGGGUUGCAAUCUACUUAUGCAGAUGCAUCACCCACCAUGAAAUUUUUGAGAAUGCCGCAGUGGGAUAUUGAAAAUAAUGUAUCUCUUGUAUUCAAAGGCCUAGAACCAGUUUAG